AUGCCGGCUGUGUCUACGGAAACAGGUACAACUUACAGUUGUACCUGUUUACUUUACCACUCAGUAUCCUGUAAAAUUUUUCAAUUCUGUUUUCAGGCCAUUAAACUAGACUAAAAGAUCUUAAAUUUCCGUGACUUACUUUUUUUUUUUUAACUUUUUAUAUUUUGUGCAUGUGCAACAAAACUUCACUUUUUUUAAUCGGCAACCAUGAUUUUAAAUAUCAUUUUUGGAUUUAUCGAUUUUUUUUCAAGCAAUUUUCAUAUAUCAACUUGUAUUCUAAACCCAAAAUUGGCACAACUAGAGCUAAGUGUACUUUUAUGAAAAAUGUAUUAAAUUUGAUUUUUUUUUUUAAACUGAACGUACUUUUUCUUUCUAAACACCAUGAUACGAUCAAAAUUAUUACUAAAGUAAUAAACUAUUUAAAACAAAAUAAACUAAUAAUUCAUAAAUACUAGGUAGUGUAUAUUGAUAUAUUUAUUUUUGUUAAAUUUGAUAAACUAGUGUUCCACAAAACUUCUAAUGUCGAGUAUUAUAUAUAUAUUAACAUAUUUCAUUGUUGUAUCAUCAGACCACUUUUUCGGAAAUUUUUAUUACAUACAUAAUAAAAUAUAAUAUUAUAGUACUAUAAAAAUUUCAAGUGCACUGAAUGAUUAGUAAAUUGAAUAUUGAUACUGCAGUUAUUUAUUUUUGGAUGAAAUUUCGUACGAUAAUUUUGAUACAUGUCCGUGGCACCACGGAUUCGAUAACUUGACUCGUACGAGAUAAGCAGCACGAAAGUGAAUGCGUAUACACAAUCAAAUAAUAAAUUCAUAUAAAAUAUGAAAAGUGGGAACCGGGCAUAAAUUAUAAUUAUAGAUUUGCGUUAUUUGUAUAGAAUUAGUGCCAUGAGAAAAACAAGUUAUGAUGAAACUUGUAUCGAAUUUUCAAUCAUUUAUAAAACAAUUUUAUUCAUAUUAAACCAAAUAAAACUAUAAAUAAAAAAAAAACCAAAUAAAAGAUCAUAAAUGGCUAAAUAAUCGUUAGAUUUUGAAAAUCAUCCAUGUCUAGAAAGUUUUAUAUAAAUAUUCAGUGAAAAAUCAUUCCGUAAUUUUUUCAGUUUUUCCCAAAACUACAAGCAAAAUCAAAAAAUAGCAUCACAAAUGCACCAACAAGACAAAAUUUACUACCAAAACUCACCCAAAAAAAACAUGAUUGGAACAAUAUUUCUGAUAAAAAGCAGUUAACACAGAAAACAAAAAAAAAGAAUUAAACAAUCUAUUAUUUGGAAGGUUAAAAUUAAAAAAAAUAAACUGAAAAAUAUUUAGCACUAAUGCUUUCAUAUUAAGUGAUGCAUUUUGAGUCUUAUAUUCAUUUAAUACUUGACUCAUAGCUCGCAAUUUUUUUUGUAACUCUUUAUUUGUUAGUGAAUGUGUAUUAUUUACAACUGGUUUAUUUUCAAUUUCUAAUGAGCUACCAGCAUACCUUAAAGAGUUUACAGAAUGAAUCAUAUUAUAGUCUGUUGGACUAAUACAGACUAAUACUAUCAUCAAAGUAUUAGUAUUUCCUCCAAAAAAAUCUGUUUAAGUGAAGUUCAAUUUUAGUUUUAUUUUUUUUUUUAGUACUAAAUUAUCACAUUUCAAAAAUUAUCAAUUACGUAUACAUAUAUAUAAUAUGUAUAUUAGGGUGGCUCUUAAAAAAAAAAUAAUCAAACAAUUUUAAGCCGCACCCCCGGGCAUUUGAAGUUGAGUAGUUUUAUCAUUUUUUACGAAAAAAUCUAAACAUUGAGAUAUAAUUAUUUAUUUUUUCAACUAAAAUACAUUAAACAGCAAAUAUUCAGUAUCAAAUAUUAUGAAGAUUUUAAAAGUGUCACUGUUGACACUAUUACAUUAUUUAUUAAUGACAUAGUUACAAUUUUAUGUAUAAAAAAGACUGACAUACUUCGCAGUCAUAGUGGAUGCAGUUAUUGUUGUAGGUGAGAACGUGGGAAGGUUGAAGUAAGGAAAUUUAAUGUAUAUCUGUAAGCUACGAUAAACCAUUGCUAACGAAAAAACGAUUCUGAGCGGAGUUCAGUUAAUAGUGUUGCUUUGUCAACAAUAUACAUGUCAUAUUAUGGUAAUAUAAUAAAAUAGGCACUAUACUUAUUCUUUAAUAAUCAUUGUUUAAUUUUGUAUAGGUUUUCUCGUUUUUCCCACUCUAUAGCACUUUCCCAGUUAGAUUUCCUUUUAGAAAAAGUACUAUAAAUGUAAGUCAAAGCAAAAUUGCUGGUAGAAAAGAUAUCCAAAAAAAAAAAAAAUAAAUAAUAAAUAUCAUUGUAAAAUUAAAACAUUACUCGCUCCGCUCAGAAUCUAAAAGAAAGAGCUGAUACUGACGAAGGCGCCACUGUUGUAUGUGAGAAAUCAGUAAGGUAGGAUAAUGUAUUUAAUUAACACCUGUAUGCAACGAUGAAUCAUUGCUAAUGAUCAAAAUUUCAGAGCGAAGUUCGGUUGUACAUGUUUUAAAAGGCCAUUAAAUAUUACAUUUAACGAUUUUCGUCAAAAUUUGAGUUUAAAGCUUAUAUAAAAAAAAAAAAAAAUACUAAAUUAGGUACUUAUUUUUUUAUUUUUUUUUUUUUCAAACAAAGUAUGACUUAUACUGAUCCUUCUGUCAAAUUUUUAAGCAUUUCUGUUUAGUCUAACAAUUUUAUCUACCGAUUACGUAUAUAUACGUAUAUAAAUAGGUCAAAAAUAUAUGUUUUAACCCCGCAUAUAAGAAAACAAUCGGUGAGGNAAAUUUGAUUAAAUAUUAUAUUAGUUUAUAAACAAAAAUGAAAUAUACAAUCCACAUUAAAACUUUCAAAUUAGCCGAUAUGUUAAAUAUAGUAGUCUAAAGCAUACAGAUUUUAUUGCAUGUAAAGCGUUCAAGGUUACCAGAUUUAUUGGAAGACACUGUAAAAAUUUACAAUCUCUUAAAUGGCUUCUGUUGUUGAUUAAUGCCUUAAUUUAAUCAUUAGUUGAAUAGGGUUAUAAUUUAUGGUCACCUUACACAAAAAAUUAAUUUCUCCAUUUAUAAACAUUAAUUAAUUUCAUUGAUUCAUCCAUCAGAAAUUCUGUUAACACAAACAUUAACGACACUAUAAUUAUUUAACACAUUAUCUACAGACGAUGAGGAUAUACGGGACAAUGAUAAAACGUAUAAUCAAGAGUUCCCGGUUAUACAAGAAGCGAAAGCUUUAGGAACAAAAAACAUGGAGAUUAAUCGAAAACGCCAAGGUUUAAUGAAAACACCAAAAUUGGUUAAUCAGGUAUUUUAAUUCAUUCUCUUACAAAAUAUCAACGUAUAUUUUGUGUCUUUUAAAUGGUACUUUUUAAAAUACAAUUACCAAGUGUUAAAAAUUAAAUUUGAUAAAUUAUCGACAAAAUCUUCAUAGUUCAAAAAAUUCACAUUCUUUUUGUAGUCAUUCACAGUCUCAGUUCAAGACAAUAAAUUCAAAAAUGGUGAAUUGAUAGCCAUUGAAAAUGCAAGACGGAUAUGUAGAAGCUUCAUUGACUUGGGAGUUGCCAUUGAAAUAUCUGCAACAAAAAGCCAAACGGAUCUGACAUUUAUAGUCAGUGGUAAAUUAAAUGAUGUGUUAGAUGCUAAAAAUAGAAUAAUGAAUCAAAUUCAGGCGAAGGUAAAUUAUGAAUUCAUAUUAAAACUAAUGUAUUAUUUGUUGAUAUUAUUAUAAAACUCGUUUAUGUUUGUCUCGAUUCACUUUUGUAUACAUAUUUAAUGAGUUCUCUGUCUAUUAAACUUUAAAACUAAUUAUCCUUCCGAGAUGUUAUAAAUUAUUAAUUCUUUAAAUCGAUCCGAUUCGUAAUGUGCUGGACAUUAUUUAUUUUAAUCAAUAAAAGGAUUAUAAUAAAAUCCAGUUAACCACCCUUUAUAUGUCCUACACAACUUAUUGCACCAUGACCUUUGUAUUAUGAAAUAUUAUAAACUUGCAUCUCUAACCUAUAAAAACCUCACAUAUUAUUCGUCAACCAUUCUUAUACACUCAUGAACAACCUGGCUUCCGGAUAAAUUUCCGACUAUUUACUCCAUCGAAUUUAUGUAAGGACUAUUUUUCUUUUUAAAAAUCCUUUUUUCGUCUACCGAAUUCCAGUAUAUACGUAUAUAAGGUUGAUUUGAACUAACUAUUUGUAAAUAGUAAAUAAACCUAGAGAAAUGUAAUAUUACAGUAAUAGUAUGGAUAUAUAUCAAUAUUAAUUUAUUGUUGUUUGAAAAUUUUGAACAGGAUAAAUUUGUAGUCUUCAAAAGACAACAAAAGCGAACUAUAGACGUCAGUUGGUUUUAGAAUUUAUUAUUUAACUUUUUAAAUUUUGUUUUAAAUGUAUUGUUUUGUAUUUUUUUAUCGUAAGCUUGACUUACCGGUCAAAUAUCGCAGGUCGUUAAUAGGCCUCAACGGAAACACUGUCUGUGAUUUUCGGGUUCCAACCUAGUCUGGAACAAGUCGUUCAGGCAAUCAAAGAGCUCAUGAAAGAGUUUGAUAUAAAAAAAUUACCAGGUCGUGAAAAAACCGCCAUGGGUAAUUGCCAAUGCACGCAAGAAAAACCUUUUGACACGUCUGGUGAGAAUUUUUUUCAAUGUUUCCAAUGUUCUUCUUUAAUAUUUUAAAUUUGUUUAUCAAAUUAUAAUUUCCAAUAUUGUUACAAACGUUACAGAUAUCAAUGAAACUGGCAAACGCCACUCUUUGAUCAUAACACUGAAAUCGGUUAAGCAGGUAAUGUUGUUUUAUUAUUUUUUCGAUCGAUAAAAGUACUUUGUACUACUUACAUUUGCAUUGGUUUUAUUUAUUCAAAGUGAAUAUGUAAUUUUAUUCUGUUUUUCCUGUUAUUUAUCUGAUUUUAAUAAUAUUGUUUUUUAUUUGUCGUAUAUAUACACGGAUAACUAACGUCCACAAAAAGAAAACCGUCAAUGAAAUAUCUGAUAAAAAGAAAACCCACCUAGGUGAUGUUCGAUGUCUUCAAGAUAACCCAAGUGACACUUCNUGUUUUUAUGUUGUUAUUAUUUUCCUUUUUGCGAUUUUAAAUUUUAAUAAAACAAAUAAAAGAUCAUAGGUAGUGUUUAGUGGCCACUCAAUUAAAUUUUUUCAGUUAAUUAAAUUGCAUUAUAAUUUAAUAUAAAGAAAAGAUUAUGUUUAGCAAAGUCAUUUAGAAUAAAGACAACAAAAAAAAAAAAAAAAUUAUAAAUUCAGUAUGCAACACACUGAUCUGACACUUGAAAUAACUUUUGUUCUGUUUUAUAUUUUUUAUUUAGAAUUUUUUUUAAUAAUCACAAUGAAUAUGGUCAGUCGAUCUAUCCUAUUCAUUUAAUACGCUCUAACUCAAUUAUAUAAUUAUAUAAUAGUGUAUAAACAAAAAUGAUUUACUUAAUCCACAUUUUCGGUUUAAAAGAAUUGUUGAAUAAUAAAAUUAAUAAUAAGUAUUCUAGGAAAAGCCAUCAGCCCAGAAUACUGUACAUUUAUUCAUGGUAAUGAUAAUGAUCAAUGCCUAAGAGUCGAGGGGUGGUGGUAGGUCAUUAAAAAAAAAUUAAUUGCCCGAUAAAAUAUUUCACAACGCCACGCCACUGUCCGUUGCUCAUGUUUUUCGUCACACAUCGUUUUCGGCAAGAGAAAAAAACAUGUUCGUUUUUAAACGCUACAGAAAAAAUACUAAUGCACCAACAAAAACCCAAUUUUGUACUGGCAUAAUAGACACUUGCAGCUAACUAGCGCUGUAUUUGGUUUUCCCCUAACCUUUUUGGAACGCUCUCUGCGCGCGCAGUCUCGUUAUUUAAUAGCCAAACCUCGUAUACUUGCGGUUCCGUGCACGGCUAUAGAUUUGCCCACGAUUAAAGAUAUAUUAAUAAUAAUAGAUAAUCAUGGUCGGCAAUAACGUAGUUCUCCUCCGCCCUCUAAUAAUUUCACUAUCUAAUUUCGAUUAUAAUUUUUUCUUGAUGUUGAAAUUGCUAAUACCAUCUUUUGGGAACUCGUGGCUAUCAUGGUUAUUACAAAUUUUACAUAGCAGUGUGCUAUCAAUGUUUAUUUAAUCAAUCCUAAUAUACUUAUAUUUACAUUGACUCUGAUAAACGAUAGUCUGAUUGGCAUUAUGUCGUUAGUUACUGCUAUUUAUUGACUGAAUCGAGUUGACAGUUUGGCUUAACAUUUAAAGCGAACGCGUAUGCGAAAAAUUUUUCUUGCUUAAUAAUAAUUUAUUGUAUACAUUAACUAUAUAAUAUAUAACUAUACCAAUUAUAUUAGUUAUUGAUAAUUAUAAAUAACAAUAUUUAGUUGUCUAA